AUGUCCAGCCCUGCCAAGAAGAGGAAGCUGAACAAUGCCGCGAAAAAUGAGAAACCGCAGUCCAAAGGGCUAGAGUAUUUCUUUUCCAAGCAACAGCAGAAUGGCGGUAGCUCCGCAGAUGCCCCAGAGAGUUCCUCGGCUGAUUCGGGCAGCGCUCCGUUGACGGACGAGGAGCUGGCUCGGAAACUGCAGGCCGAAUGGGACAAGGAGGCAGCUCAAAUGGACAGCCAGGAACCCAACGGCGGGGAGGAGCCGACAAUGGCCGAAGUCGUUCAAUCUGAGGAGCUAGCAGACGUGGAGCAGAAGCAGCCAGAUGCACCCGCGCAACCACCCCCUGCGACCAUCUUUGGUGGAAAGAAGACGCUUGCACUUCAAUCCGCAGGAAUGGAUGAAGACAGGAUUACGAUAUCCAUACCACUGGAUGAGCCGCCACUUACUUUUGAGCCAUCGAAGUAUGUCGAUCAGCUCAAACAGCAUUGGUCCCGAGAUGGAGGCAAUGCAUCCUAUGCCCUUCUUACCAGGUGCUUUGUGCUUGUCAGCGGAACUGCUAGUCGCAUCAAGAUUGUGGAUACGCUUGUCAAUUGCUUGCGAUUGCUGAUUGAAGGUGAUCCCGAGAGCCUCCUGCCGGCAGUUUGGCUGGCAACAAAUUCCAUCUCGCCAGCAUACAUAUCAAUGGAACUGGGUCUGGGUGGGUCGGCCAUCUCCAAAGCUUUGAAGCAAGUGUGCGGUCUGGAUAGUCGUUCACUCAAAACUCUAUACGACAAGUAUGGCGACGCAGGUGACGUGGCCUUUGAGGCAAAGAAGAAACAGAGUUUCACGCUGAGAAAGCCCAAGCCGCUGUCCAUCAAAGGCGUGUAUCAGUCUCUCGUCAAGAUUGCUACUACGCAAGGGCAAGGUAGCAACGAAGUGAAGCAGCGUAUUGUCGAUCGCCUGUUGCAGGAUGCGCGCGGAGGUGAAGAGAGUCGAUUUAUUGUGCGGACGCUUUGCCAGCAUCUUCGAAUUGGCGCAGUUAAAACGACUAUGCUUAUUGCUCUAUCCAGAGCAUUCCUUCUCUCAAAACCAGCGAACGCUGAAUAUGAGACACGAAACAUAGCCGCGCUGGCAAAGCUGAAGAAGGAAGAGCUCGCCGAGGUGUGGGCAAAGGCCGAGGAAAUUGUCAAAGCUUGUUUUGCCAAGCGCCCAAACUACAAUGAUCUGAUUCCCAGCCUGUUGGAGAUUGGCGUAUGCGAAGAGCUUCUCAUCCGAUGUGGCUUGGCGCUUCACAUUCCGCUUCGACCAAUGCUGGGAAGUAUCACCAGAGACUUGUCAGAAAUGCUCACAAAGCUGCAAGGUCGUGACUUCACCUGCGAGUAUAAAUAUGACGGGCAGCGCGCACAAGUGCACUGUGAUGAAAAUGGCAAGGUCUCCAUCUUCUCUCGUCAUCUGGAACUGAUGACGGACAAGUAUCCAGAUCUGGUGGAGCUCGUACCAAAGAUACGUGGAGAUGGCGUUUCGAGCUUCAUAAUGGAGGGAGAGGUUGUUGCUGUGGAUAGUGCCAGCGGCGAACUCAAAAAUUUCCAGGCGCUUACGAACAGAGCCCGCAAAGAUGUCGAAAUCGGGAGCAUCACUGUCCAAGUAUGUUUGUUCUCGUUUGAUCUGAUGUAUUUGAACGGACAGUCGCUGCUGAACCGGCCGUUUCGAGAGAGGCGGGAGCUGCUGCGAUCUCUAUUCACCGAGGUACCUCACUGCUUUACCUGGGUGAAGAGCUUGGAUGCCACAUCGACGGAGUCCGAGACGGUAUUGGACUUUUUCAAAUCUGCGACAGAAAGCAAAUGCGAAGGCAUCAUGGUGAAGAUUUUGGAUAACCUGCCGGAUGUAGCUUAUAUUGGAGAGGAAAUUGGUGAGGCCAAACAGGAAGAGCCGAAGCUGCAGAUCUCGAAGACUAAAGCAAAAGCCAAGGGGAAAAAGCAACCGGGAGAUGCAGAGUCUAAUGAGCCAGCGAAGAAGAAGUCGAGGCGAAAAGCAUUGCUCGCAACAUAUGAACCAGACAAGCGACUGGACUCCUGGCUCAAAGUCAAGAAAGACUAUAAUUCGAACUUUGACACAUUGGAUCUGAUACCCGUUGCAGCGUGGCACGGCCAGGGUCGGAAGGCCAAGUGGUGGUCACCAAUUUUACUGGCCGUGAGAAAUGAAGAGUCAGGGACCCUGGAAGCCGUCUGCAAAUGCAUCUCUGGAUUCACCGACGUGUUCUAUAAAGCUAACAAGGCAUUUUAUGACGAUGGAUCGGAGACUGGAGAACCAAAGAAUACGCGCCUGCAGAUGCCUAGCUUCAUUGAGUAUUCUGGGCCGAUGCCGGAUGUCUGGUUUGAGCCGCAAGAAGUGUGGGAGAUGGCAUUUGCCGACAUUACGCUGAGUCCCACAUACACCGCAGCGAUUGGACUGGUCAGCGACGAACGAGGCCUGAGCCUUCGAUUCCCGAGAUUCCUGAAGAAGCGCGACGAUAAAAGUAUUGAAGAAGCGAGCACCAACGAGUUUCUCGCGGGGCUGUGGCGGAAACAAGAAGCAUCGGCAAAGACCGUGGCUGGGACAAAGCCUGCGGAAGAAGAUGAAGACGCCGAAUAG